AUGCCGAUCUGCGCGCCGUCGUCCGACUCCUCCUCGUCGUCGGGCUCGGGUUCCCGUGUGUGGGUACUCCACGGACUAGCGCUCGGCGCGGCGGCCGCGGCCGCUGCCGCGGCGUACCUGUACCGGCGGCCGAGCGGCUUCCGCAGCCGCGCGGUGGGGAUCAUACCCGCGCUUCGCCUCCACGCGCUUCGAGGGCAAGCCGCUCGUUCACAUCCUCGGCAAGCCCAUGAUCCAGUAUUAGAAGUCAAGCUUGAGUUCAACGAAUUUCGAUUUGAUGGAUUUUGGAGAAGGGAAAUGAGAACAUGGGAAAGAGUGAUGCUAGCUUCUUCUUUGGACCAUGUUGUUGUGGCAACGGAUGAUGAGAGAAUUGCAGAAUGCUGUCGAGGAUUUGGAGCUGAUGUUAUAAUGACAUCAGAAUCUUGCAAAAAUGGAUCUGAACGUUGCUGUGAGGCACUAAAGAAGCUUGAAAAACGUUAUGAUAUUGUCGUCAAUAUUCAAGGAGAUGAGCCUCUUAUUGAACCGGAGAUAAUAGAUGGUGUAGUUAUGGCACUGCAGCGAGCUCCUGAUGCAGUCUUCAGCACAGCUGUUACUUCACUGAAACCAGAAGAUGCAUUCGACACAAAUCGAGUGAAGUGUGUUGUGGAUAAUCAGGGCUACGCGAUAUACUUUUCAAGAGGGCUGAUUCCAUUCAAUAAAUCAGGGAACGUCAAUCCAAAAUAUCCGUAUCUUCUUCAUCUUGGAAUUGCGAUCUAUCCAGAACUUCCACCAACACCGUUACAAUUGGAAGAGGACCUAGAGCAACUGAAAGUACUUGAAAACGGCUAUAGGAUGAAGGUGAUCAAAGUGGACCACGAUGCCCAUGGUGUGGAUUCACCCGACGACGUUGAGAAAAUGGAAGCACUGAUGCGGGCGAGAAACAUUCAGUAG